AUGCGCAUAGUGGUGAUCCGUGUGUGUUCUUUCGAAUCCAAGAUGGCGGCUUUGACGCGUGUCCUGGGCCUUCCAUCAAUUUGCCGUUCCUGCACCGGGAUUUUGCGCCCCCCUUCGCUGCGAUUAAAACAAGCAGCUGUAGCCAGCAUAACCCCUGUCAGAUGGCUAAAUUUGCAGGAAUACCAGAGCAAGAAGCUUAUGCAGGAUAAUGGACUGAAUGUACAGAGAUUUAUUGUUGCAGAGAGCCCAGAGGAAUCAGUUCGCCUCUCAAAGAAACUCAAUGCUGCAGAAUAUGUAAUAAAAGCCCAGAUCCUAGCAGGAGGUAGAGGAAAAGGUACCUUUGACAGUGGCCUUAAUGGAGGUGUCCACCUUACCAAACUGGCAGAUGAAGUUGGGUAUUUCACAGCAAAGAUGUUUGGCUACAGACUAAAAACAAAACAGACACCCCCAGAAGGAGUCAUGGUUAACAAGGUAAUGGUAGCAGAGGCUUAUGAUAUUGAGAGAGAGACCUACCUGGCUAUUCUCAUGGACAGAGAAUUCAUGGGACCUGUGAUUGUUGCAAGCCCUAAAGGUGGUAUGGACAUAGAAGAGGUUGCCAAGACAACACCAGAGUACAUAUACAAGGUUCCAGUGGAUAUAACUAAAGGCCUUCAGGAUAAAGAUGCAAGUUGGCUUGCAGAAAAACUUGAAUUCAAGGGAGAACUGCACAAGCAGGCCACAGAGCAGAUCAAGCGACUGUAUGAUGUCUUCCUCAAAGUUGAUGCUACCCAAGUUGAGAUCAAUCCUUUUGGAGAAACACCUGAUGGCAAAGUUGUAUGCUUUGAUGCCAAAUUCAACUUUGAUGACAACGCUAAGUACAGACAGAAAGCCAUCUUUGAUCUAGACGAUAAGAGUGAAAGUGAUCCACGUGAAGUGGAGGCUGCUGAAUUUGAUCUCAGCUAUAUUGCCAUGGAUGGGAACAUCGCUUGCCUUGUAAAUGGGGCUGGUCUGGCUAUGGCGACAAUGGACAUAAUCAAACUGCAUGGUGGAGAGCCAUCCAAUUUCCUUGAUCUUGGUGGAGGAAUAAAAGAGGAGGGCGUUUUGCAUGCCCUGAAGAUUGUCAGCAAAGAUCCUAGGGUUAAAGUCAUUCUUGUGAAUAUUUUUGGUGGCAUUGUUGACUGCUCUGUUGUUGCCAGUGGAAUUACAAAAGCUUAUGAAAAAUUGAAACUGGAUGUACCUAUCGUAGUUAGACUUGAAGGUAACAAUGUGGAUAAGGCCCAGCACAUACUAGAAGAGAGUGGAAUGCCUCUUAUUGCAGCUGAUGACAUGGAUGAUGCAGCCAUCAAGGCUGUUGUUAGCUUGGGAGACUAGUAUGUUGUCUAGAACAAGAAAAAAACCCUGUAAAAUAAAUAAAGGGACAGGUUUUUAGAACUUUGAUUGUUGGUGUAUUUGCUUUUUUACAUUCACGUUUUAUUCCAGUUUUUGCUUGUUACUUUCCCACUCUAGCCUUUCUGGUUAAUUAUUUUAAGGCUUUUGGUUUACUCAACAUUUUCAACCUUACUGCAUCAUCAAGUUUUGAAUGAUCCGUUCCUAGAAUGUUGUUAAUACAAACAUUACAAAAAAUAUAGACAAUAAUAUCAGAAAAUUCUUAUAAUAAUAGGUAGAGUAGCUCCCUCAUAAUUUCUGUGAAAUCCGCAAUUAGAAUAUUUUAUUACUGGUUAAUAUCAUUAGAGUUUUUUUUUUUUUUAAACCUGUGAAAUACUAUUUAGUUUAUUUACAACUAAUACACUGCAAUGUCUUUGUUUUUUGUUUUGUUCUGGCUUGACUAUUACACAUUAACAAUUACAUUUUGUUGCACGGGAUUUUGAAAACAACUCUAAAUGUAUUUUUUUACAAAGCUUAUCUUAAAGGUGGUGAAAUAGUGAAUAAAAAUGACUAAUCUCGAA